UGCCGAGCACCCGCCCUAGCCCACUCCUCCUCCUCCUCCUCCGUCGCUCGUCUUCCUCCUCGCGCGAGAGCGCCGCCAUCCCUCCCCAUCCCGCUGCCUCGUCUUCCUCCACCGUAGGUAUCUAUCUACCCUUGGAUUCUCUCGCUCCCGACCUCCCAUCACCCCACGAACCCUUUUAGCUCCCCGUCAUAAUCUUCCCCAAUUCCUGACUCCGCCCGUGAAUUGGCGUCCAAGAUGAGCGACGACGUGAUAUGGCACUGUAUCCGCCACAACCACUGCAGCUUCAUGGCAAAGAUCGAGACAGGUAUCUUCUGCCGAAACCCCUACAACGCUACGGGCAUUUGCAACCGGAGCUCCUGUCCACUUGCGAAUAGUCGCUAUGCCACCAUCCGGGACCAUGAUGGUAUUUUCUACUUAUACAUGAAAACUGCUGAAAGAGCUCAUCUGCCAAACAAAUUAUGGGAGAGGGUCAAACUUCCCAGGAAUUAUGAGAAAGCAAUGGAAGUCAUCAACAAGCAUCUCGAGUUUUGGCCCAAGCUACUUGUGCACAAGAUAAAGCAGCGCCUGACAAAAAUGACUCAGUAUCGGAUAAGAAUGAGGAAACUUCAACUUAAAGUGAGGGAGAAGAUAAUGACAGUGCCCAGGAAGAAGACUCAGCGUGAUCUCAGAAGAUUGGAGAAAGCUGAAACCGCUGCUCAACUAGAAAAGAAUAUUGAAAGUGAACUAAAGGAGCGCCUGAGGAAAGGUGUUUAUGGUGACAUUUAUAAUUACCCCUUCAAGGAAUUUGAUAAUAUUCUUGACAUAGAAAAUAUUGAUUUGGCUCCUGAGGAAGAGGAGGAAGAAGAAGGUGAGAUAGAGUAUGUUGAAGGUGAUGAGAUCGAGAUGGGUGACAUGGAAGACAUGGAAGAUAUGGAAGAUUUUGAAGGCCUUGGUGAGGAUGGCGAUGAAGAUGGUGACGGUUUAGAUGAGCCAGUAACAAAAAAGCCCAAGGGAUCAAGCUCUAAUUCGAGAUCGAAGAUCGGGAGGAAGUCUACCAAGGUUAUCACCGAGGUGGAACAAGAUGAAGACAGGAAUAGCAGGCAAAGGACGCGAAUGUGAAUCCACCAGGCAUGAUUUCAGUUAUAUGCUACUAGGUGUUGGUUCUAAUUUUGUUGUACUUUAGAUAAUUUAAUUAAUUUUCCCUUGUCAUGAUAAUUUGUAGAAUUACUAUUUGGUGAGAUUUUUUAAACUAGCCCAUCUGCAACUUUGGCUAAGCCUUAUUGGCAGAAUUCACACCGCGGUUUUUUAAUGUAUUUUAAUCGUCUCCAUCUUCUGCGCUA